AUGACUGACAAUAACCCUAUCAACACUGAAGAUUACGAUGACGAUGAUGAAUAUUUGUACGGUACGCUGGACGAUGACACUACAACCAUUACAGCAAAUUCAACGGUACAAGUAGAGAACGAAGUGGGUUUAUCGAGCAAUGUAGCAGAAGAGAAUGAAGGGUAUUCUUGUGAAGUGUUUGAAAAUGAAAAGGGUCUUUAUUCAUCAAUUGAAUUGUUUUGGAUUAUCCGUCUAAUAUUUCUAUAUUAUAAACUUUGGAGAAGUAAUGAUAUCAAUAAUAUGAAUGUAGACACAGAACAGACAGGGAUAGAUUCGUCUUUAAUACAAAAUGAAGAUGACAAUGAACUUGGGCAAGUGUUUCCCACAGAUAUACAUGACGUUGAUCCUUUAGAUACAUCUGGAGAAAAUGGAAAUUUAGAGCAACAUGAACAUGAUUUAAUUGAGGAGCCGGAUCCACUAGAUAUAGAAAUUAUUAUGGAUGUGCCGUCAACGACUAACAAACCAACAGAUAAUGUAGAAAGUGGACAAGCAUCAAGUCGUACUCCAGGCGUGGAUAUAAAUGCUGUUGGAUCACUUGAUGGAACAAGCAUAUAUGAUGUCGAUUUAGAUUCAGUCGAAGAUAAGCCUUGGAGAAAACCAGGAGCUGAUAUAACGGAUUAUUUUAAUUACGGCUUUAAUGAGUAUACAUGGAAAGCUUAUUGUGCGAAACAAAAGCAAAUGCGAGAAGAUCAACAUGCGCGAAAGAAAAUUCAUGUAUAUGAAUCUAAACAAGAAGUAAGCAGCUUGCCACCAGAACUACAAUCCAUUAGCCAACCGCAAUCAGGGUUAGAUCAUCCGAGGUUCCAACAGCAACGAGGAAGAGGACGUCGUGGGAGGGAUCAAGACGAUUCUGUAAUUCAAGUUGUAUCGAGUGAAAGAGAAGCUGCUUUAGAAGAAAUGGAUCCAAUUCCACCACCAACAAUGGACGGACCUCAAAAUGAAGAUUACGAUAUGGACGCCAAUGGCUACCCACAUGAUUUUCAAGGUCCACCGAUGGGAAUGAGAAUGUUUCCUCCACCGGAUAUGCAAAUGGGACCACCACCGCCAUUUUUUAUGGGGAAUCCAGAAGUGCCACCAACAGGUCCAAUGGGAUUUGAUCCAACGUAUCAAGGUGGUCAACCUAUGCGUAGAAUGAUGCGCCCUACAGGAAUGCCCGGAGGAAUGCCCGGUAUGGCAACACGUAUGCCACCGACAAUGCCUGGUGGCAUGUCUGGUGGAAUGCCCGGAAUGCCACGAGGAAUGCCUGGAAUGCCUGGAGGUAUGGUUGGACGUGGGCGUGGAAUGUCGAUGGACGAAAGGCCAUUCUUUUCUAUGGAUGAUCAAUCGUGGGAAAUGGAAAAUCGGAACUCACAAUCGUUUCGUCCUGGAUUUGCGGGACGACCGCCAACUGGUCCAAUGCAUGGAGGUAAUAGAUCCGAUUUCCAUGAUUGGGAGCAUUCACCACCUCCAGAAGCACCAUUCUCUCACAGGAUUCGACCGAAUUUCCGACCUGGGGCACCGCCUACAGGACCUGCGGAACAGACACAUCAUCGUAAUCUUGCAUCUGUUGAUAGUCCUAGCUCUGAUCGCGGCGAAUAA